GAUGUAGGAUACUUAUAAGUGUCGACGGAAUGGAUAUGAGAAAUAGAGUCGAGCAGGUGCCCGAUGCCCGUAAGGUAUAACAUGCCACAUUUUCUAUAGACGUUGCCGUGAGAGGAUGAGAGUUGUGUGUUCAACCUCGGCACAUUUCUGAGAUUAGCGGGGGGAUAUACUAUGAUACAGGCCUGUUUGCUCCGCAAGACACAUAACGCCUUACAAACCUUAGAUAGAUUCCUCCUUCACAGCAAUAAUUCUACGUUUGCCUCACGAUUGGAGAUACCCUACAGUGAGACCCUUACAAUAACCAUUUAAGAAUCUUCAUGUGACUACCGCUGAAAGCGUAUUCGCAGAUUAUAACUCAGAACCGAUUACGUCCUGCAAGCCAACUAGCGGUAUGUCGGAAACGUUUGACAUCAUUGCGAUUCUCAAGCCCAAGCCCGGCAAGGCGGACAGAGUCAUCGAGCUCCUCGCCGGCGUCACUGAGUACGUCGAAGCCAACGAGUCCGGCACGCUGCGGUAUCACCUUCAGCGCGAGACUAAGGGAGAUGCACCACAAUUGAUCUUGCUUGAGAGAUAUAAGAACAAAGCUGCUCUCGGCAUUCACGGUGGCAGCCCUCAAUUCAAGGCUUUCUCGAAGAGAUUGAAGGAGGAAGGGCUCUUGGCAGCGCCAUUGCAAGUCAUGUUCACAAAGCCCGUUGCGGGCUUUGCCAGUCGACUCUAGAAACCAGUGUUUUCGUAGUAGUAGCAUAGACAAGC